GUUAUGACAACAGCACAUUCUCGGGGGCGGGGUCACACGGUCUCCUGCAUCCGGGCCGUUUACACCGAGCUACACGGAUCGCAAACCGGAAGUGCUGCGUGAAAUUUGCAAGAUUGGCAGAGUUGCGAAGACUUCAAUAGGGAGCGCUGAAAAUUAGAGGACCAUCAUGUCCUCUGACCUGCUGGUGGACCUUCACGAUGAUCUGGGAGGGGACGACUCUCCUAGCGCUGCCCUGGACCAGCUCAAACUGGUACAGGACAAACAGUGGCUACCAGAUGACCCUGUUAGCUUGAGCAAAUCCGCUUCAGAUAUUAAAAGCCUUGGUGGCACUUCACAUCUGCCCUGGGACGACCCCUUCUAUGACAUUGCCAGACAUCAGAUUGUGGAGGUGGCAGGUGAUGAUAACUUUGGUCGGAAGGUCAUUGUUUUUAAUGCUUGCCGCAUGCCUCCCCAUCAUCAGCUGGACCAUCAUAAACUUCUCAUGUAUUUGAAGCAGACUCUUGAUAAGUAUGUGGAGAGUGAUUAUACCCUCAUCUACUUCCAUCAUGGUCUGACCAGCGAGAACAAGCCCUCUCUAAGCUGGCUUCGAGAUGCCUAUCGAGAGUUUGACAGGAAGUAUAAGAAAAAUAUCAAGGCACUGUACAUUGUCCAUCCCACUAUGUUUAUUAGAACCAUCCUUAUUCUCUUCAAACCCUUCAUCAGCUUUAAGUUCGGCCGUAAGAUAAACUACAUCAAUUAUUUGAGUGAGCUGGAGGAGAUUGUGAAAUGUGAUCAGCUGGUGAUCCCCAACAGAGUCCGAGAGUAUGAUGAUAAGAUCCGUCUGUCCCUGAAGCCGUCUGUUGUCCCUGGACCGAUCUCUCCUCCUCAUAGUCCUCCUCUUCCUUCCCAGCAGUUUGGGGUCCCACUGUCAGCAUUGAGACACAGUGCGGCAGACUCGGAGGGAAUUCCACUAGUCAUGCGGGCUACUAUUGAAUUCCUGCAAGAGAAUGGUCUUAAGACAGAGGGAAUAUUCCGGCGUUCUGCUAAUGUUUCUUUGGUUAAGGAAAUUAAGCAGAAAUAUAACUCAGGAGAGGAAGUGAAUUUCUCUCAGCUGGACGAUGUCCACUUGGCAGCUGUGAUCUUAAAGAUGUUCCUCAGAGAACUGCCAGAGCCGCUGCUCACCUAUCAGCUCUACAACGACAUUGUCAACUUCCACAAUGUUGACACAGAGUCGCAGGCAGAAAGGAUUCGGAACAUGCUGACAUCACUUCCUGAGGAGAACUAUACAUCACUGCGCUUCCUCAUACAGUUUCUUGCUCAGGUGUCUGCUGAGAGUGAAGUCAAUAAGAUGACCAAUGCCAACCUGGCUGUGGUGUUUGGGCCCAACUUGCUGUGGGGGCAGGAUGCUUCCAUGACACUCAGCGCGAUCGGACCAAUCAACAACUUCACCCGCAUCCUGCUCGACCUACAUCAGGAGGUCUUUACCCAGUGAGGAGCGGGAGAACUUUUCACGAGGACUCCUCUCCGGUUAUUGUCCCUCCCCGGUCCAUAGCUUUGCUCCUCUGUUGCUGUGUCCCGUCCUUCGUGUCUCCCUCAGUAUUGCCAAAUGCAUGAGUAUUUUAACUGGGUGAAGCUAUGAAAAAAAAAAAAGAUACUGGAGGACACGGAGCGGUCAAGCUGUCACAAACGUUUAGGCUAUGAUCAAAAUCUGACAAUCGUCUCCUUUUCUCUCCUGCAGAAGUCAUGUAGCUGUUGUCAGACCUAAUGGUACUGCACAGGUACAAGAGUUUUUAUAUGGUCUGUUAGCGGAGGCCUAAAUCAAUAAAGCAACUAUGUGUACAGGUAGCUGCUUUAGCUGCUUUUGUUUGUAUGUUUUGGUAGCUCAUCAGCUUUGUUUGGAUAUUGUUUGUUCAACUUAACCGAAUUCAUUUCAGUUCAUUUUUCCAAGAAGUAAAAUUAGACUACAUGCACACGUCCUUAUUUUUGUAAGCCAUAGUUGGCACAAGCUAUGGACAAGUAUAAAGCACUACUACUUAAACUUGAAACACUUAUUUUAAACAUGCUUAUUUCUUAAAUAUAUGGUAUUAUGUAUCGUCUCAAAGAACUUUCAUUCAGUCUUCAUUUAUAUUUUCAUAUCAUUAUAUUAUUUUUUUCUAGAAUCUUUUCGUCUUUUUGUGGCAUCUCACUGAUUCCAGGAACAGGGCAGAUGCUUUAUGGCCAGCACAAAUUUCCUGAUGCUGAAACAGAAAAGAAAAGUUAUUUUUCUGAUCAAAACCUAUGCUUCUUCGAUCUGUAUGUGUGGAGUUGUGUGUAAUUUGUGUGUGUGUGUGGUCUGUUCAGUAAUUCUGUUGUAUUAUUCUACCCCAGACAUAUUUAUUUUGUUUUUUGUUACUAGAAGACGUACUGCCUGUCGGGGACAGUGCCAUUACACAUGGGCGCAUUUGAAACAAUAGCCAGAAGAUAAAAAUAGCAAAGAACAAUUUGAUGUUAUUUUGUCGUCUUAGUAAAAUUGUGGUUUUAUCUAUGAGGAAACAUAUCAUAGUGCAAUGAGUUAUUACUGGAGUGCAUACAAUCCAAGUACAGCAACAUUUAACUGUAUCACAGGGCUCUGUACGUGUUCGCUUUAAUUUUAUGAUUAAUGGAUUUGAAUCGUAUGGAAUUGAGUUUGGUUUAAUGGGUCUGAAUUCCAAAAGAACCAUAAAGCAGGUACUUGGGCACUAAUUAUAAAGCACUAAUGAGUUAAGUGUCAUAUGCCUUGAUAUCGAAUUGUACCUGUUUACUGUGUUAUGUUAACGUCCUGUUCAUGUCAAUCCAUCCGAGCAUUGACAUGUGGACCAGUGGCUUAACUAGUUUUAGACAAGCGCCCUCAAACCCAAGUGUCUGUGUGCCUUAAUGGAGUGAACUGGCGAUGAUAUUAGCUGUUAAAUUCCCUUUCUCUGGACAGAUCUGUGAACUUUGUGCCAUUUUGUUGUACCUGUAUCCAAACAUCUACCUGUUUACCUGUACUGUAGUGUAUUUCUUUGCAUUACUUCUUUUGUGAAGGCUCUUUUCUUCCAUUUUGGCUGUUAAAGUGUGUUCUGUGCUUUUGCAAUCUUUACUUUUGUAUAUCAUGUUGUGAUAUCUUCAGAGUAAUAAAUUGUUAGAGAUGGUGUAAAA